AGCCAACUCUUCCUAUGUGUUUAUGCAAGUGCAAUAACUAGAGUUUACGUUUUUAAGUAUAUUGAUUAAAUUUGGUUAAAGAAAAUUGAUCUGCUGAUACCGAACUUGAUUUAAACCACUUUAAUGACUUUUACUUGGAAUGUAUCUGUGGAAUAUCUUAACAUAGAUCUACUUAGAAUAAUUUUAAGUUUUAGAAUAAAUGCAUUUAUAUUUUGUAUCUGGUAUAAGACUGUGCUAAACAUAUCUCUCUACAGAGGAAACAAAUUAGUGAUUCAUAUUCUGGAAUAGAACAUACUUUACUAAUAUUAGCACCUAAACAUGGCAGAAUUUUGUAUGAUCAUAAACUUGCCUUUGAUUCUGUGCUUUUUUUUGUACUUCAGGCUUGUGUUUCACUUAGAUUAUUGGGUUCUAGAAAGGGCUUGAAUUUACUUGUUUAAAGUGUGUUUGUAUUUAGGUGGAUAUUAAAGCUCUUGAGUGAAGCGUAUUUGAGUUUAUUCAGACUAACUUUUUAAUUGUCCCAACAAGGGAACUGUGCAGCUUAGAAUAAACAGAGUUCAAAGACUCUUAGACUGUCAGGGAGCCUGUAUUCCUUUGAACUUUAGGGUGAGACUAAUUGACCCGUUAAAACAGAUGUUUUUAAGAGGACUCGGUGAAAAACUGACUCUUAAAAAGGCAUUUGAUUGCCUAUUUUUUGCUUUGUUUCUCAUUUUGAUAGAAGGAAGAAAAGUUCAAGUUCCCAGUAAUUUCUGAGUUGUUAGAGGUGCCGAACUUUGACUUUGCUUUACAUGAUUUAAACUUUGUAUGUAGUAAUAAUACUAGAUGGAGAGUAAAUAGGGUUGGGUAGGACUAGCAUAUUCAAACACAUAAGUCACUAUUACAUAUCUAAGAUAGAAGCUCAUCUCAUCUCGAGGAAAAAUUGUCCAGCUUUCACAUGGGACCAGAUGUUUUGUGACACUGGGAAAACUCUUCAGAUUUUUAACAUUGAAAUGAAAAGUAAAAUGAAGGCUCAUACUAUGACUGAUGAUGUCACCUUUUGGAAAUGGAUCUCUUUGAAUACGGUUGCUCUUGUUACGGAUAAUGCAGUUUAUCACUGGAGUAUGGAAGGAGAGUCUCAGCCAGUGAAAAUGUUUGAUCGCCAUUCUAGCCUUGCAGGGUGCCAGAUUAUCAAUUACCGUACAGAUGCAAAACAAAAGUGGUUACUUCUGACUGGUAUAUCUGCACAGCAAAAUCGUGUGGUGGGAGCUAUGCAGCUAUAUUCUGUAGAUAGGAAAGUAUCUCAGCCCAUUGAAGGACAUGCAGCUAGCUUCGCACAGUUUAAGAUGGAAGGAAAUGCAGAAGAAUCAACAUUAUUUUGUUUUGCAGUACGGGGCCAAGCUGGAGGGAAGUUACAUAUUAUUGAAGUUGGCACACCACCUACAGGGAACCAGCCCUUUCCAAAGAAGGCAGUGGAUGUUUUCUUUCCUCCAGAAGCACAAAAUGAUUUUCCUGUUGCAAUGCAGAUCAGUGAAAAGCAUGAUGUGGUAUUCUUGAUAACCAAGUAUGGUUAUAUCCACCUCUAUGAUCUUGAGACUGGUACCUGCAUCUACAUGAAUAGAAUCAGUGGAGAAACGAUUUUUGUUACUGCACCUCAUGAAGCCACAGCUGGAAUAAUUGGAGUAAACAGAAAGGGACAAGUUCUGUCAGUGUGUGUGGAAGAAGAAAACAUAAUUCCUUACAUCACCAAUGUUCUACAAAAUCCUGAUUUGGCUCUGAGAAUGGCUGUACGUAACAACUUAGCCGGUGCUGAAGAACUCUUUGCCCGGAAAUUUAAUGCUCUUUUUGCCCAGGGAAAUUACUCAGAGGCAGCAAAGGUGGCUGCUAAUGCACCAAAGGGUAUUCUUCGUACUCCAGACACUAUCCGUCGGUUCCAGAGUGUCCCAGCCCAGCCAGGUCAAACUUCUCCUCUACUUCAGUACUUUGGUAUCCUUUUGGACCAGGGACAGCUCAACAAAUACGAAUCCUUAGAGCUUUGUAGGCCUGUACUUCAGCAAGGGCGAAAACAGCUUUUGGAGAAAUGGUUAAAAGAAGAUAAGCUGGAAUGUUCUGAAGAACUGGGUGAUCUUGUGAAAUCUGUGGACCCUACAUUGGCACUUAGUGUGUACCUAAGGGCUAAUGUCCCAAAUAAAGUCAUUCAGUGCUUUGCAGAAACAGGUCAAGUCCAGAAGAUUGUUUUAUAUGCUAAAAAAGUUGGAUACACUCCAGAUUGGAUAUUUCUGCUGAGAAAUGUAAUGCGAAUCAGUCCAGAUCAGGGACAGCAGUUUGCCCAAAUGUUAGUUCAAGAUGAAGAGCCUCUUGCUGACAUCACACAGAUUGUAGAUGUCUUUAUGGAAUACAAUCUAAUUCAGCAAUGUACUGCAUUCUUGCUUGAUGCUCUGAAGAAUAAUCGCCCAUCUGAAGGUCCUUUACAGACGCGGUUACUUGAGAUGAACCUUAUGCAUGCGCCUCAAGUUGCAGAUGCUAUUCUAGGCAAUCAGAUGUUCACACAUUAUGACCGGGCUCACAUUGCUCAACUGUGUGAAAAGGCUGGCCUACUGCAGCGUGCAUUAGAACACUUCACUGAUUUAUAUGAUAUAAAACGUGCAGUGGUUCACACCCAUCUUCUUAACCCUGAGUGGUUAGUCAACUACUUUGGUUCCUUAUCAGUAGAAGACUCCCUAGAAUGCCUCAGAGCCAUGCUGUCUGCCAACAUUCGUCAGAAUCUGCAGAUCUGUGUUCAAGUGGCUUCUAAAUAUCAUGAACAACUGUCAACUCAGUCUCUGAUUGAACUUUUUGAAUCUUUCAAGAGUUUUGAAGGUCUCUUUUAUUUUCUGGGAUCCAUUGUUAACUUUAGUCAGGACCCAGAUGUGCACUUUAAAUACAUUCAGGCAGCUUGCAAGACUGGGCAAAUCAAAGAAGUAGAAAGAAUCUGUAGAGAAAGCAACUGCUAUGAUCCUGAGCGAGUCAAGAAUUUUCUUAAGGAAGCGAAACUAACAGAUCAGCUACCACUUAUCAUUGUAUGUGAUCGAUUUGACUUUGUCCAUGAUUUGGUGCUCUAUUUAUAUAGAAAUAAUCUUCAAAAGUAUAUAGAGAUAUAUGUACAGAAGGUGAAUCCAAGUCGACUUCCUGUGGUUAUUGGAGGAUUACUUGAUGUUGACUGUUCUGAAGAUGUCAUAAAAAACUUGAUUCUUGUUGUAAGAGGUCAAUUCUCUACUGAUGAGCUUGUUGCUGAGGUUGAAAAAAGAAACAGAUUGAAACUGCUUCUGCCUUGGCUAGAGGCCAGAAUUCAUGAGGGCUGUGAGGAGCCUGCUACUCACAAUGCCUUAGCCAAAAUCUACAUAGACAGUAAUAACAACCCGGAGAGAUUUCUUCGUGAAAAUCCCUACUAUGACAGUCGCGUUGUUGGAAAGUAUUGUGAGAAGAGAGAUCCACAUCUGGCCUGUGUUGCUUAUGAACGUGGCCAGUGUGAUCUGGAACUUAUUAAUGUUUGCAAUGAGAAUUCCCUCUUCAAAAGUCUUUCUCGCUACUUGGUACGUCGAAAGGAUCCAGAAUUGUGGGGCAGCGUGCUGCUGGAAAGCAAUCCUUACAGGAGACCCCUAAUUGACCAGGUUGUACAAACAGCUUUGUCUGAGACUCAGGACCCUGAAGAAGUGUCAGUAACUGUCAAGGCUUUCAUGACUGCAGACCUUCCUAAUGAACUGAUUGAACUGCUGGAGAAAAUUGUCCUUGAUAACUCUGUAUUCAGUGAACACAGGAAUCUGCAAAACCUCCUUAUCCUCACCGCAAUUAAAGCUGACCGUACACGUGUUAUGGAGUAUAUUAACCGCUUGGAUAAUUAUGAUGCCCCAGAUAUUGCCAAUAUCGCCAUCAGCAAUGAGCUGUUUGAAGAAGCAUUUGCCAUUUUCCGGAAAUUUGAUGUCAAUACUUCAGCAGUUCAGGUCUUAAUUGAACAUAUUGGAAACUUGGAUCGGGCAUAUGAGUUUGCUGAACGUUGCAAUGAACCUGCGGUCUGGAGUCAACUUGCAAAAGCCCAGUUGCAGAAAGGAAUGGUGAAAGAAGCCAUUGAUUCUUAUAUCAAAGCAGACGAUCCUUCCUCCUACAUGGAAGUUGUUCAGGCUGCCAAUACUAGUGGAAACUGGGAAGAACUGGUGAAGUACUUGCAGAUGGCCCGUAAGAAGGCUCGAGAGUCCUAUGUGGAGACAGAAUUGAUAUUUGCGCUGGCUAAAACAAACCGCCUUGCAGAGUUAGAAGAAUUUAUCAAUGGACCAAAUAAUGCUCAUAUCCAACAAGUUGGUGACCGUUGUUAUGAUGAAAAAAUGUAUGAUGCUGCUAAGUUGUUGUACAAUAAUGUUUCCAAUUUUGGACGUUUGGCAUCUACCCUGGUUCACCUGGGUGAAUAUCAGGCAGCUGUUGAUGGGGCUAGGAAAGCUAACAGUACUCGAACAUGGAAAGAGGUCUGCUUCGCCUGUGUAGAUGGGAAAGAAUUCCGUCUUGCUCAGAUGUGUGGACUUCAUAUUGUUGUACACGCAGAUGAAUUAGAAGAACUUAUCAACUACUAUCAGGAUCGUGGCUAUUUUGAAGAGCUGAUUACCAUGUUGGAAGCAGCACUGGGACUUGAGCGAGCUCACAUGGGAAUGUUUACUGAAUUAGCUAUUCUAUACUCUAAAUUUAAGCCUCAGAAAAUGAGGGAGCACCUGGAGCUGUUCUGGUCUAGAGUGAAUAUUCCCAAGGUGCUAAGAGCUGCAGAACAAGCUCAUCUUUGGGCAGAACUGGUGUUUUUGUAUGACAAGUAUGAAGAAUAUGAUAAUGCCAUAAUUACCAUGAUGAAUCAUCCAACUGAUGCCUGGAAAGAAGGGCAGUUCAAAGAUAUCAUUACCAAGGUUGCCAAUGUGGAACUAUACUACAGAGCAAUACAGUUCUAUUUAGAAUUCAAGCCUCUGUUGUUAAAUGAUUUGCUGAUGGUGCUGUCUCCACGGUUGGAUCACACUCGUGCAGUCAAUUAUUUCAGCAAGGUUAAACAGCUACCACUGGUGAAACCAUAUUUGCGUUCAGUUCAGAACCAUAACAACAAAUCUGUGAAUGAAUCAUUGAACAACCUCUUUAUUACAGAAGAAGAUUAUCAGGCUCUGCGAACAUCAAUAGAUGCUUAUGACAACUUUGACAAUAUCUCGCUUGCUCAGCGUUUGGAAAAACAUGAACUCAUUGAGUUCAGGAGAAUUGCUGCUUAUCUCUUCAAAGGCAACAAUCGCUGGAAACAGAGUGUAGAGCUGUGCAAGAAAGACAGCCUUUACAAGGAUGCAAUGCAGUAUGCUUCUGAAUCUAAAGAUACUGAGUUGGCUGAAGAACUCCUGCAGUGGUUUUUGCAGGAAGAAAAAAGAGAGUGCUUUGGAGCUUGUCUGUUUACCUGUUACGAUCUUUUAAGGCCAGAUGUUGUCCUAGAAACUGCAUGGAGGCACAAUAUCAUGGAUUUUGCCAUGCCCUAUUUCAUCCAGGUCAUGAAGGAAUACUUGACAAAGGUUGAUGCAAUAAAGGAAAAGGUGGAUAAAUUAGAUGCUUCAGAAUCACUGAGAAAAGAAGAAGAACAAGCUACAGAGACACAACCCAUUGUUUAUGGUCAGCCCCAGUUGAUGCUGACAGCAGGACCCAGUGUUGCCGUCCCUCCCCAGGCACCUUUUGGUUAUGGUUAUACCGCACCACCGUAUGGACAGCCACAGCCUGGCUUUGGGUACAGCAUGUGAGAUGAAAAGCUGAUCCUGUAGUCACCUAUUUUCGUACUGAAACAUCGUCUCUACCCACUUCUCUGUUUAUAAUGGGGGAAACAGGCAACGUGUUCUUGUAACCUUUAUUUCAUGAAGGACUCCUUUUUGUUUCUAACUAUAAACUUGGAUCACCUAUGUUAAAACCUUAUUUCACAUUCCACAUCAUUUUAGAAUUUAUUUUCGAAGGGGAAUAGUUUCAAUGUUUUAUUCACUUGGGCUUUUUUUCUUCCCCCUCAUUCUUUAAAGAACUGCUUAAUAUUUAAUCUGUUGUGAAGAAUCUGAUUUGCACUCUGUAGUGUUUAAAGAAACAAAGAAACUCUAAUAUUGAAUCUCUUAAAUUUAGUGUAUGUAAACAGCUUACAAAUAUGUAUUGUCUAAAUGCAUUUAAAUCUGUUUUAUUCAAAGAAAAGCUAAAGCAAAAAUACUGGCAUAUGACCAUGCAAGACUGUCAAUGCCAACAAAGACAACACUAAUCAGCACAUCCUACACUGGAUUGCAGUGCUUUCCAGAUUAUUUGAAAAAUGUUACAGACAACUUGCCUGAUUUUUAAAUGAGCAUAAAAGGCCCUCUAACCUAUGCAGGUUUCCCCAUUAUGCAUAUAGAAAAUGCUAGUAUGUUUUGCUCACUUCAUAUGUAACAGGUGCCCUUAUGUUGUGCUGUAUCCUGUGCUUUUUCUGUGGGACCAUUCCAUUCAGGAGCAAAGAGCACCAUGAUUCCAAUCUUGUGUGUGUUUACUAACCCUUCCCUGAGGUUUGUGUAUGUUGGAUAUUGUGGUGUUUUAGAUCACUGAGUGUACAGAAGAGAGAAAUUCAAACAAAAUAUUGCUGUUAUUCAGUUUUGUUUGUGGAAUUUGAAAUUACUCAAGUUUAAAAUAAAUUACUGGACUGUGGAAAUAACAUAGAUUUGAAGUUUUAAUUAAAUACCACUCAAACCAAAA